UGAGGUGCUUCGUGGUAUUGAUUAGGUGUGUUGUGUGGCCGAGACGUGGUAAUAUGUUAGUAAAAUAUGACCCAGUCUAGAUAUACCUACCCCUAAUUACACGGGUAGUCGGCAUUUAAACCGCUAUAUAUACUCAGGCGAUCAUGUGUAGUAUACAGGUAUAUAAUCUCUUGUUGGCAUUUGUUCGAUACAGCGUCCUCGUACGGACAGACUGGAGAAGUAGUCAGUUAGGCCUUGUGUAUAAAACAUAUACAGUAUAAACAACAAUAAUGGAGACAAUUGGAGUAAAACGCCGAACAUAGGAUUUUAAUUUUACGGAUUCUGACGGUAUUUGGUAGUUAGUGACGCACAUCAGGGGACACUUUACAUUACAGACAGGAUCAAGGAGUAAGAUGGCGGAACGGACCAUUCCUAAUUAGUAAUCCUGUCACAGGUGUGAAAUACAGAUAACCGGAAGUAUGACUAAGCGCGCGCCUGAAUGGUACGAGGAGUACCGGAAGGUGAGUGACAAACAGCGAAACUACUUAGACCAGAUUCAGGACCUUCGGAGGACUUUCAAGAGUAGCGCAAAGCCCCUGAUGGUUUCUAUAGAGCGACAAAGACACCUCAGGGGCCGUAAAGUGGAACCAAAAAACCCGUCAUUGCGAAAAAUGGAACAAAAAGUGAUGUUAUUUGGGCCCCAGAAGUUCCCGACCAGACAGAGUUUCCUACAGGACAAACCGCACAAGUUUUACAUGACUCCUACCAUCCUUCCGCGUACACUGCCCCCGCUGGUUCGGGGGAAGAAUGUUGACUUAGACGGAGAUCAAAUCCGUAAAGAUUCCGACUUGGACACUAUUGAUGCCGUGGCAGAGACAAAUAAAGGUGUGGUUCGAGGGAAAAUGUCCGACAUUUCCGAUCUUCAAAAAUCUCCCUCGUCCCGGAAAGUGCUCUCUAUCAGCCGUGUUAAUGUAAAGGAACUCAUCUCCCCGAUGGUACGGGAUUCUCCGAUUGAAUAUAUUACAAACGUCAGCUCCCGGAAAGCGCUAAUGUCGGGGCCAAACAAGGAAAAAGAAGAUUAACCAACUACUGUUUUGUCAAGUUUAUUUCCAAUAAAAAUAUAUGACAUGACAUUGGAAAUCUUAGACAAACACAAUGAAAGUGUCUGUACAAAACAUGUGAGAUUCACCAUGUUUGUGUUGAUAUAUAAGUGACGUAUACGUAAAUAGUGCCCCUUCGUCUAAAGUUGGCGCAUCCUUCGAUAGAACUGUUGCUAGUUAUACGAUAGUAUACACUUACACGGUCAUGUAAGUGUUAUGUGUAAAGCGUUUCACCUAAGCUGACGGGAUUCCUGUUUUGGAAACUAAAUAACUAAGUUUUAUUGAAAUAACAGCGUUCAAUUUUAGCAUCAUUUGUUGUUGAAUAGAAAUUAAUCUUCGUUAAAGUAGUUUCCAUUGGUUAGAAUAAUUUCAACCGUUUUUAAAAGUAUCAAGGGUUGAAUAAAAUGAAUUCUAACUUAUUUAUUAACAAGUGGCUAGUUAUUUUAUCACUGCGGCAGUAUCAUGUUGCUGUGGUAUCAUUUAAAACGAUAAAAAUUCAUUAAGAAAGUCUAAUAUUUAUAUUGUAGAAUUUCCUGACAAGGUAAGGUGUACCGGGAAACUUCCCCACACUCAAAUUUUGGCCCUUCACUGAUCAUAUUUAUAUUCACCCAGUGUUAAUUCCAUCCUCGAUAUCCAGGGGUUACGCUCACUUUCGCUCUCUGCAUCCCGGGAAUAUGUCAUAGCAAAAUUGAAGGCUCAAUGUGCAGCACAUUGUGGUAAGACGAGAAGACUAGUUUAGUCCUUUGAUGCACAUCAAAAGAAUCUCGCUGUCCGGCAACGGAACAAAAAUG